AAGGAAGCGGAACGGGGAGGUCCCAUGGGCUGGGACUCUGGGGUCUGGGGCUGAGCAGGUAGUGGUGUAGAGCUGGGACAGCUGUCUCUGCCCCUCAGCGUGUCAGUGGCUGCUAUGCAGCAGGUGCAGACUGCUCUCUCGCUGCGUCUUGACUCCACACACGCAACGACUGGCCAAGGCAGUGGCUGGCCCUGGAUUACACAAGUGCAGACUCUCCACUAAGUGAGCUGGAAGACCCAGGAGAAGGCCGGGCCUCAGGCGCCCACAUGAUCAGCACAGCCAGGGUACCUGCAGACAAGCCAGUGCGCAUCGCGUUCAGCCUCAGUGAUGCCCCAGACGAUACACCGUCCGAAGAUACCAUUCCUUUGGUCUUCCCAGAGCUAGAACAGCAGCUCCAGCCUCUGCCGCCAUGUCACGACUCCGUAGAAUCCAUGCAGGUGUUUAAACAGCACUGCCAAAUAGCGGAGGAGUACCAUGAGGUCAAAAAAGAGAUCGCCUUGCUCGAGGAAAGGAAAAAGGAGCUCAUUGCCAAGCUGGACCAGGCAGAGAAGGAGAAGCUGGACGCUGCUCAGCUGGUCCGGGAAUUUGAGGCUCUGACCGAAGAGAACCGGACACUGAAGAUGGCCCAGUCUCAAUGUGUAGAACAACUGGAAAAACUCCGCAUCCAGUAUCAGAAGAGGCAAGGGUCCUCCUAACACCAGUCGGUGAAAUGUGAGCGUACGAGGUUGCUGGCUGCUUUGCCCUGGCCAACAAGAUUUGUAUCUUAAAGGGGACAGAGAGUAAAAUCUACUGCUUCUCUUUAUUACCCACAUGGCAAAUGUCUAGAAUGAGUUUAGUGCUGCCUAGCUUCCAGCUUGAGAGAGGGAUAUUUUAUUUUAAGCGAGGUCAUUACUGCAAAGCUCUCACCAGUAUAUAUUUUCCGAGAUCAGAGUUCUUUUCCAAAGAUUUAUGUAUGUAUAUUUCCUACUUAGAAUGAUAUGAUCAUACUAUUCAUUAGAGUAGAAAAUAAUAAAAAUAGAAUAUUGACUGGUCCCACCGAAAAUCAUGAGCCAUAAAACAAGCCUGGAUGAUCACUGUAGUUUCACAUCUGUGCAUUUUAAAACUUUAUGCCUUUUCAUAGUUCACGUCUGCUCAGCUACAAACCAUAGGAACGUCUUUCCACAUAGCUGAAGCUGGCGGAGUCAGAUGUAACUCUCCAGCGAUUGAUUGUCCUAAGAAUAAACGGUUGCGUAGCCUAAGUGCUCUCUCAUGAAAAUAUUAGCAGCCAUCGUGUCCGUGCCCAGAGCUCACCGGCCAGUGCUGACUUGCUGUGUAAUAAAGAGCCAAGGCUGCUGCGCUUCCUCACUCCGGGAUAACACACAGUGGAUACGCUUGCCUUGGCCGCGUGCGUUUUGGGGAUCUGGGUUGGGGGAAAGUGGAGAGACACCAUUCAGACACACUUGGUUGCAUGUCUGUGGAAGGUCAGUGGAAAGGCAUACUAUCGCGAUGUUUGGGGUUUCCGGAAUCGUGUUAGGUCAGUAACUGACAGGAUGUGCCUGUGAAGUCAGAAGCAAAGCGACUUCCCGUUGUUCCAGCCGCCAUGCUUUCCCACCCGCCAUCUCUGUUCUGUGUCCAUUUCUAUUCA